GCGACUACGUAGUUACCGCGUAGAUUUUGCCGCGCAAACGUUACGAUUAUCGCUUCUAAAAUAAUUAGUUGAACAUUUAUCGGUGGUUUUAUCUGUAAAAACAUGAGUGAUCAAGAAACAGAAAACAAAAUACCACCUGUGAGCAUUUCGAAUAAUUCUGUAGAUAAUAAAGAACCUCCUCAGAAAAGGUUAAGAGAAGAUGCUUCAGAGGAUGAACAAACUGAAUUGCCUUCUAAAAAGUUAUGUACAGAUGAAUCAGUGUCUGAGAAGCCUGAUAUUGAAAGUGUGGAAGUGAACGGUAUUAGUAAAGAUGCAAAGGAAACUGUAAAAGACAUCGGUACUUUUGUUAAAGAAAACGCAAGUAAAACAAUAUCAGAAGAUGAUACUUUAAAAGUGUCCCAAACAUCUGAUGGUAAAGACAAUGAAGAAUCUGUUAACAAUGAUACUACAGUUGAGAAAAUUGAUACAAGAGAGGAAAGUGUGGAGUCUGUGAAAUCGGAAGAUGCAGCAAGAGUGGAGGAGAAGGAGGAGGAAAAGGAAGAUGAUAUUAAACCAGAAAAGAAACAGAGCAAGUCCAAGAAUAAUGACGCUGAAGUGGUAGAUGGUUUGGAGCUUUCAGUGGAGUGCGCCAGUGAUAAAGAAAGUUCUUCCGAAGAUGAAAACGAGAAAGAUGAAAAGCCUAAGCCGAAAACAAUUAUUGUCAAAGCUGAGCCCAAUGAAUCAGAACUUGAUGUCAGUUCUUCUGAGGCCAGAUCGGACGCAGACGAAUCGCAAGAUGCAGCCGAAGCGAAGCCUAAGCAGAGUGCAAAGAAAGGAAGAAAGAAGAGUAGAACAUCGUUCAGCAAAACAAAGAAUUCUGAUUCUGACGAAAAUAAUGAUGAUGUUUCAGACGAAGAUUACAGCCCGAAAACUAAAAAGAGACUUAAAAAAACGGUGGCGAAUAAAAAAUCUUCACAGAAAUCACCCACGGAAUCUAAAAGGGGCCGUGGUAGAGCAAAAAAGGGAACUAAAAAGUCAACUGAUAAAGAAGACGCAGAGGACGAGAACUCCAACAUAACGGAAGAUGUAAAGGUGGAAGACAUAAAAAUGGAGGAUACUAAAACGGCAGAUAAUUCAUCUGAUGAUGAUUCGCUGAAGAGCAAAUCUGAAGACGAGAGUGAAAGUGACGAUACAACUGAAGAUGGGAAGAAGAGGAGUAGAAGACCAGACGAUGAUAAGAGAAUACAGUCACUAAAAAAGUAUAUAAGAAUGGCUGGAAUUCGCGUGAAAUCUUAUAAUGAUCUUUGGGCUGGCUGUAAAACAAAUAAUGCGAAGGUAAAGUGUCUCAGGGAGUUGUUGGAAAAGAAUGGAGUCACCGGCAGGCCGACCGUAGAAAAGUGUAAGAAAGCUAAAGAGAGAAAUGAAAGGCUUAAGGAUAUUGCAGAUUUAAAUACGGGCAAUAUUAUCUCGGAAGGACGUGUUACACGUGCUCAGAGGAACAAGGAUUCUAAUCUAAAGGAAUUAAAGACAUCAGAAACUCCUGUAAAACGCGAAGUACGUAAUACAUUCAAACGAGUUUUUAACGUUAUCGACAGCGAUUCGGACUAAAGUCUCGUAAACAACAAAUACUUUGUAAAACAUAUUGACAUUACUUAUCGUAGUCUGAUCGUAAGAUACAAGUAUACAAGAUGUCUAGGUUUAGAAUGCGAAACUUUGUCAACAUACUCUAUCGGUCCAAGUGAGAGAACAUCGUUUUUCUUAUUUCGUUUUGUAGAACAUGUUGAUGAAGAUUUGUAGUUUAAAACUAGAACGGCCUGUAUAUUUCAUCUAUUUUAUAUAAUGAACUUGUACAUAAUUAUGUUUGACUCUUGUACGAAUUAGGCAAAAAUAAUUGACUGAAACUAAAAAAAAAGUAAGAUG